CUUUGUCAAGCAGAUCAAUCUCAUUUUAAUCGCUGUUGGGCCCGGACGUGAAAUUUCCAGCCAAACUCUGAUCAAAACCCUGUUGCUCAUCUUGGAAACCACUGUGGCGCAAGCAGAAGGGAAUCUGAAAUUCGGAGAUAACCUUGGAAGAGUUCUGAAAGCGUGUCUAAUUUUCUCCCAUUCGUCGUGAACAUUGUCGUACCCCGUGGAGGAUCGGUGUGCCAGAGGGGCGAACGGUGAGAUGAAAUCGACGAAAACGACGGAUUCUGGCGAUGCCGUUACUAGCAAAGAUGAUUGUGCUCAGGGGGAGGAAAUGCAUCCUCCACCACUGGUCCGGAAUUUGAUCCUGAGGGCGAUGUGUGGAGUUUAUUUGGUUGCGUUUUUGAGCUUCUACGUCCAGGCGGAAGGAUUAUACAGCAACUCCGGUAUCCUCCCGGCGAGUCGAGUGCUGGCGAACGGCACUAUCCAGGAGCGCUUCAGUUUGCUUCGGUUGGCACCACUACUGGGACUGGACGCACAGUUGGCGAUUGAUCUCUUCUGCCUGGCCGGCUGUGUGAUCGCGUUUCUGGGGUUGAUCUUCAAAGACCUUUGCCGAUUAGGCAGUUUCAUUGCAAUGUGGACCCUGUACUUCUCGUUGGUUCAAAUAUCACAAACCUUCCGUCAGCAGGCGGAUGAGUUAUUGCUGGAGGCUGGUUUCCUCUGUAUCCUCUUGGCGCCGCCAAAGCUCAGCGAUCCUCGCGGUCCGCUCGAGGACUUGGCGCUGCUGUUGAUGAAGUGGCUCCUGUUUCGGUUUGUGUUUGCCUCCGGCUCGGUGAAACUUGCCAGCGGCUGUCCGCUGUGGUGGAAUUUAACAGGGCUGAAGAAACACUACGAAACCAUGCCCCUUCCAACCUCUUACAGUUGGUACACUUACCAGCAACCGGAUGGGUUGCACAAAUUGAGCACCAUUUAUGUUUAUGUGAGUGAACUAGUUUGCUCGUGGUUAUUUUUCGCUCCGAACCAAAAGGUUCGAUUGUUUUCCCUCUGGUGGCAAGUGUUUCUUCAUGUAAACAUUAUCGGUAGCGGAAACUAUGGAUUUUUGAGUCUCAUAGUGAUGACACUUUUGUUAACGUUGGUGGAUGAUAACACAUUAGCUGGGGAAGUUAAGUUGCCACGGAAGGAGGAUAAAACUGGAGCCAUGGCGGUGAAGGUGAUCGCUGUGCUGAUGGCACUUGGAACGUGGUUGAUGUUCGGUGUUGGAUUCACGAAUGGAGAGCUAGCGUUCAAGUUGCUGUUCAACCGUUCGCAGUAUCUGAGGAUGAUGCAAAUGAUGGUACAAAUGUCGCCACUCCUGGUGAUGGGGUUAAUGAUCCAGAAUAUUUUGCGCAUCGCCAUGAACCAGACGGGGGCAACCAAUGUGGUUGAUGGCUUCCGAAAGUUUUCAAAGAACGGCCAAUUUUUUCUGUCAACUAUAGUUGCCUUCGUGAUUUUUCUCGCUUCAAUAGUUCCACAUCUUCAGCUGACGCAUACAACGGCGCCGGGCUCAUCAAUUCUCACCAAACCCUAUCAUGGUCUUCACAAUAUAUAUGUUGUUAAUCAGUAUGGUCAACAUUUGAUUAAAAUGCGACCGAAACGGUUGGAAAUAAUCCUCGAGUAUUCAGACAACCUUUCCGGGCCAUGGCAGGAGUACGGCUUUCAGUACAAACCAUGGAACGACGAAGGAUCUAUGCCAUAUGCUUGGGUCUAUUUUCCACGCUUUGAUUUCAAAUUCUACGACGCUUCGAACGCUAAGCCGAACACGCAGAAGUGGGUCUAUCCGUUGGUGCAACGAUUGCUACAGAAUGAUCCGGCCGUUCUCAAUCUACUAGAUCAGGACCAUCUACCGACUAAGGCUCCAAAGUUCAUCAGGGCCUCUUUGUACCACUUCAGCUUUACGUCCUGGUUCGAUGGAAACAGUACAACCUUUUGGACAAGACAACGCGUCGAAGACUACUUCGCACCUUUUUCCCUCGAUGACGGGUUCCUGGAGAACAAACUUAGAGACGUUGGCGUUCCUGCAGUGGCCGCGAGCUCAAAUGCCCUGAAUCUUCCGCUCAAAUGGUUACUGAAUGUGGUAAGAAGAUUCCUCGGCUUCUUCGAGGGCGCUUAUCUUGUGUUGGGAGUUCUGGCGGCUGCCACUGUGAUGAUAAUCACUCAAAACAACAAUUCUGUCUGAAUGUUUGGUCAAUUAAUGCUCUGCACAAAAUGCGCAUCUACAAAAUCACCAAUAGCUAACUAGUAGUGUUACUCCGUAAUAAAAGCCGCAUUGUUACCUGCAGGAUAUAUGCUAAUGAAUAAAAUGUCAAUUAAAGUGGACCGGAGCUCUGGAUCUCAUCACCUAAA